AUGUUCGGCGGUGGCAGCAGCCAUCAACAAACCCAGGAAUCGCCCGCAACCCAUCAUCCCCCCGUGCGACCCUCGUCCCAGGUCAAUACCAAUCCGCCGCUGCGGAUCAUCCCGCCCGCGGACGUGCCCAUGGCUGAUUCGGGGGCCCUGCCAGCAACUUCGACCCCGGGGCAUCGAACACAACACCACAACACGUCGGCGCUGAGUCCCCACGGCUCAAACGCUGAGCAGCCGGCGCAGCCACCUCCUAGUCCGCGCUUCCGCCCGCAUUCGCAGCAGCACACGCCCGUCCAAGCCACCGCGAACACGACCGCGUUUGCAACUCCCCACCCCGUUCCAUCCUCCUCCACCACCACCUCCUCCGCCCAGCAAUCGCCGGUAGCCUCUCUACGCUCGCCAUUGGACUCCGCAACAACGUCACCGCGACGCAUAAAAGUGAAGAGCCUGUCACAUAUACUAAGUUUUGCGACCGACGAGACUAGCCCAUUCUCCCAAACCAGAUCUCUUUCAAGACGCACGAGGCGAGAUCCUAGCGAUGUCGGGCCGCAGUAUGAGAUUAGCGAAAUGCCCGUUUCGGAUAUCAUCGAAAUGGUGGCGGGGCUGUUGACUAAGAUCACUACCACAAAUGACCACCAGCACGAGCAUCUCCACCGCCAGAUCCCGCCCCCGGAGGGAACCACCGGGCUCAGCCAGCAAACCACCAGCGUCCUGGCAUUUCACGGGAAGAAUGUGCCCAGCAUAUCAAUCCUGAGCUAUCUCAGCCGUAUUCACAAAUACUGCCCCACCACUUACGAGGUCUUCCUCAGCCUGCUAGUCUACUUUGACCGGAUGACAGAACGCGUAAAUGCAGGGCCCAUGCAGAGUUUGCGACAAGCAAACCAACAGUCCCUAGACCGAGCUAAUGCAGACCAUGAGGGAAGCCGCCAUAGCUCAAUAGCAUCGGCGAAUAUUCUUCCCCGAAACUCCCCGCAGGCCUCGAAUUCAGUGCAAGCAGCAACCCCUCCACCGUCGGGGUCUCUGGGGAAACCUGCAGAGACCCCAGUCCGAGACCACCAACCACCCUCCCCGCCGCAGAAUAUUGACCCUCCCUUAGAGACUGACCCACACAGUCUAUCACACUUCUUCGUAGUGGACAGCUUCAAUAUACAUCGUCUUGUAAUCGCUGGUGUCACUUGCGCCAGCAAGUUCUUUUCUGACGUUUUCUACACUAACUCACGCUAUGCGAAGGUCGGCGGUCUACCCCUUGUCGAGCUUAAUCACCUAGAACUCCAAUUUCUGCUGCUAAAUGAUUUUCGCCUCGCCGUACCUUUAGAGGAGAUGGAGGCAUAUGGGACCAUGCUGGUUGAGUUUUAUGCGCGGGAGGUGGCCCAGCAACAUGCGCAGCAGAAGAACUAUAGUGGGCAUCCGGCUUAG